AUGUUGAUGCCAACAAAGAAUCGAAGGACAAUUUAUGAAUAUCUGUUCAAAGAGGGUGUGUGUGUGGCGAAAAAGGAUUUCAAUCAGAAGACCCACCCAGAUAUCCCGAAUGUCACUAAUUUAGAGGUGAUCAAGGCAUGCAAGAGUUUGGCAUCGCGUGAAUAUGUAAAGGAACGAUUUGCAUGGCGUCAUCACUAUUGGUAUCUCACCAAUGAGGGUAUCACAUACUUACGUGAAUAUUUACAUCUACCAUCAGAAAUUGUACCUGCUACGGUUAAGAGCAAGCCACGUGAACCAAGACCAGCAUUCGGAGGCGAUCGUCUCACAAGGGUUCCAAAAAUGGAUAGCGAUCGCGAUGCAUACAGAGCUGCCGAAAAGACAACCGAAGCAGGUCCUGGCGCAGCACCCGUCUCGGGAUACCGCGCUGGUUACGGCCGAGGGGCUGGUCCUAUGUAAGCGCAAAAUAACUUGUUUGUGAAGAUGAAGCUAAUUGUUAUAUUAUGUGUUUUGUUGGGCGUGCACCUCUUCUAUCCGCUGUUUCCGUUGUAUUUUCAAAUAAA